GCAAUCAUCGCAGGGUCGACUCAUCUCUAGCUAGCUAGUAGCUAAUAGCUGCUAGUUUUCCAUGCAUGUCUUGCAGCUAGCUGUGCCAAGUGCAGACACUGAGCGUUUGCGCUGCGGCCUUGCAGAACUCUAGUUCUCCAGCAUGCCGCGCUCUUGGAUGAUCCUACUGCUAGUUUUGUGUUCCGCUGCAGUCCUCGCUCAAGCUGCUACUGUGGAGCAUACCUUCAAUGUGGCGACGAUAUCCUGGCCGCGCAUCUGCCAGCCGGGGAAUGUAAGCAUCACGGCGGUGGACGGAGUACCCGGUCCCGUGAUCGAAGCCAACGAAGGCGACACGGUGCUGGUCCACGUCAUCAACCACUCUCCGCUCAACGUUACAGUCCACUGGCACGGCGUCUUCCAGCUGGGCACGCCGUGGGCGGACGGCCCGUCGAUGGUGACGCAGUGCCCCAUCUGCCCGGGCCACCGCUACACGUACAGGUUCCGCAUCACGGGGCAGGAGGGCACGCUGUGGUGGCACGCGCACAGCUCCCUCUUGCGCGCCACGGUGUACGGCGCCCUCAUCAUCCGCCCGAGCAGCGGGAGCGCCUACCCCUUCCCGGCGCCGGACGAGGAAAAGACCGUCCUUCUCGGCGAGUGGUGGAACGCCGAGACCGUCCCUCUCACCAACCCAGUCGCCGACGCGUACACAAUCAACGGAAGGCCCGGUGAUUCUUACAGCUGCGAGACGACGGCGAAGCGAAUCGAGAAGUUCGAGGUGCGUCAUGACUCCACCUACAUGCUGCGGAUUAUCAACGCUGCGCUCAACACGGCGUUCUUCCUCAAGGUGGCAGGGCACACGUUCACCGUCGUGGCGGCGGACGCCAGCUACACCACGCAGUACGAGACGGACGUGAUCGUCAUCGCGCCGGGACAGACCGUCGACGCGCUCAUGGUGGCCAACGCGUCCCCUGGCCCUGGCCGCUACUACAUGGCGAUCUCCUCGUACCAGAGCGCGGCCCCCCUGCGCCCAGGGAGCUACAACGCUAACAUCACCACGGCCGUCGUGGAGUACGUCGGAGCGGCGGCGUCGGCCGGCCAGCAGGCGCCGACGCCGGCGCUGCCCGAGAUGCCGGAGGUGAACGACACGGCCACGGCCAACCGGUUCUACACCGGCAUGACGGCGCUCGUCCGCCCAGGCAGGCGGACCGUGCCGCUCGCCGUCGACACCCGCAUGUUCGUCACGAUCGGGCUGGGCUUCGUCUCCUGCGACCAGGACCAGGCUCCGUGCCCGGUCGUCGCGAGCAUGAACAACCAGUCUUUCAAGCUCCCAGACGCAGACACCAUGUCGAUGCUGGACGCGCGGUACCGGGACACGCCGGACGGCGUGUACACGAGGGACUUCCCCGACCAGCCGCCCGUGGCGUUCGACUACACGAACCAGACGGAGCGGCUGCUGCUGGGCGGCGUCGCCGCGGCGCUGCUGUUCCCGGGACCGCAGUCCACGAAGGUGAGGACGCUGGCGUACAACGCGACGGUGGAGGUGGUGCUGCAGAACACGGCGCUGGUGGGGCGCGAGAGCCACCCGAUGCACCUGCACGGGUUCAAUUUCUUCGUCGUCGCGCAGGGGUUCGGCAACUACGACACGGCCGCGAAGCAGCACUUCAACCUCGUCAACCCGCAGGAGCGGAACACCAUCGCGGUGCCGACCGGCGGGUGGGCCGUGAUCCGCUUCGUAGCGGAUAACCCAGGAAUGUGGUUCAUGCACUGCCACAUCGACGCUCACCUUUCCAUCGGCCUGGCGAUGGUGUUCGAGGUGGAGGACGGGCCGAACACAACGCUGCCGGCGCCACCGCCGGACCUCCCGCGAUGCUGAUGAGCCUGUCCCGGUGUGGCGCGCGGUGCACGUACGUGUGCCGUUUAUGUUUCAGCCACGGAACCAACUGCAUAUUAUCACGAUUUGAGUUUGCGAUUGUUCGAGUGAUGAAAGUGUAAACUACAGCCAGUACGAUGUUCUUUUGCAGCACCUUUUGUUUUCUAUUAAUUGAAUGUGAUCCCUGAUUGUUUUUGGACAUGGAAUGUUUAAAUUGAAAACAGAUUCAGUUGCAAUUA